UCCAAACUGAAUGAAAGCAAGCAAGCACCAUGUUUCGCUCUCGUGUCCUCGGUCACUCUCGCAGGCUCUUCUCCAGCACAGCCCGUCGGCCCAUCAUGGACCUGACGGGCUUCAGCGAGAACCAAUUGACCGUGCGCGACGCCAUCGGCAGCAUCUGCGCCAACUUCCCCAACACCUACUGGCAGGAAUGCGACCAGCAGGAGCGCGAUCCGAAGGAAUUCCACGCGGCGCUGGCCCGGGACGGAUGGUUAGGAAUUGCCCUACCUGAGGAGAACGGGGGGGCUGGACUUGGAAUCUCCGAGGCAACAAUGAUGAUGCAGACAAUCACACAGUCCGGCGCAGGCAUGGCCGGGGCGCAGUCCAUCCACGCCAACGUCUACGCAACACAACCGCUGGCCAAAUUCGGCACCAAAGAGCAGGUCAACGAGGUCGUGCCCAAUAUCAUCAACGGCAAAUGGCGCACCUGCUUCGGCGUCACAGAGCCCAACACUGGGCUGGAAACACUGAAGCUCCAGACGCGGGCUACACUCAACAGCGCAGGAACGCACUAUUCAGUCACCGGGCAGAAGAUCUGGAUUACGUGCGCGCAGGUCGCAUCCAAGAUGAUCCUGCUGGCACGCACAACGCCGCUGGAAGAGGUAUCCAAGCCGACGCAGGGGCUGUCCAUGUUCUGCAUCGACAUCGACAAGACGAAUCCCGGACUGGAGCUGAAGAAGAUCAAGAAGAUGGGCGGACGUGCAGUCGACGCCAACGAGGUGUUCUUCGACAAGUACGAGGUGCCUGCGUCGACGCUGAUCGGGAAAGAGAACGGGGGGUUCCGGAUGAUUCUGCACGGGAUGAACGCUGAGCGCUGUCUGCUGGCCGGAGAGGCUUUAGGGCUGGGAUACGUAGCGCUGGAACGGGCGGCGGAGUAUGCGAACCAGCGUCAGGUCUUCGGUCGCAAGAUCGGCCAGAACCAGGCCAUUGCGCACCCGCUGGCUGAUGUUUAUAUGAAGCUGGAGGCGGCCAAGCUGGCGACGUACCACGCGGCGAGGCUGUAUGAUGCAUCCAGGACAGAUGAAUCCAUUCCAGUGCACUCGGUCGGGGUUGCGGCCAACAGCGCAAAGUAUCUGGCAGCUGAAGCGGCGUUUACUGCGUGUGAGCGAGCAGUCCUGACGCACGGGGGGAUGGGAUACGCCAUGGAGUACGAUGUCGAGCGGUGGCUGCGAGAGUGCCUGGUGCCUCGCAUUGCGCCGGUGAGCAGGGAGAUGAUCCUCAACUAUGUCAGCGAGAAGGUGCUGGGCCUGCCGCGAAGCUAUUAGAUUAGUAUAUCCAUGGUUAGAAUGUAAUCUAUAAAUAUCUCGUGU